UAUUACUCUUCAAAUGUUUUGCUGUCAAAUUUAGUUUCGUUUCUCGGCGUGUUUUCGGUUCUCUUAAAAGUGUAUCAAUUUCAAGUAAUUCCCUAUUAUUUAUAUACAGAAAUUAGACAUACAGGAUGGCAUCAGACUUCUCUGAUCUGCUUUUCGAGGCGGAGAAAUUAACACAUGACAUAGAGGGUCCCACAGAACUACCUAAAGUUGACAGAUCCCUGCGUCAGGUGUUGGAGGCCUCCAAUGAGCUGUACACACGUGUAGCACACACUGGCUCCAAAGAUAUCCAAGCUAAUUUGCUGCUGGGAUCGAAAGGUAUUGAUUUGCCAAGGAUUUCCCAGAAAUUGGAUUUGAUCAGCUCGCAGAGGACCAUCGAAACAAUUGAUCCCAUAGAUGAUGUCGAUCUGGAUUCGUGUCUCGAAAAUGAAAUCAGGAAUUGCAUUAUGGGGAUCAUUGAUGAGGAGAAACGACUGUGCUACAAAAGUAUUAUGGAGCAAACUUGGGAACAUGAAAGUGGUGAAUGGAAGCAGGAGAAGAGGAAGAUCUUGAAUGCGAUGACCGGACCGUCCGGGAAUUUCAUUGAUCCUUUGAAGAAGGAGAGCAUGUUCAUGGAAUCCCCGAUUGUCGGGUCGAUGCAUAUGACAUAUCAAGAGGCCGUUUAUGCCGCAAAGAUCAUCGAAUUGAACAAACGUUCUUUGCGUGGCGAUCCCAAGAUCGAUUUAGUCUCGUACUUUGCAAAAGCAGCUGAAGAAUUCAAAGACACAAAAGUUAAUGAUAUGUGGGAAAUUAUCAAGUUUAUGACCGAAAUUCAGCCUAUCUGCUCUACGGAAGACGCGAUCUCUGCGAGGAAAAGUAAACUAGUCAUCAUGGAUUUGGUGCAUCACGCUAAGAAAUACCUUGAGACUAGAUACAAGACGUACAUGUCGAAUGUUAUCAACGAAAAUUUGAUGAUCGCUCAGCGCGGUGGAAUCCCAGGCACUUAUCCUCUGGUCAAGAGUUACCUGGGGAUCAGGUUGCAAGGCGGUUACGUCGGUCUGGUGGACGGAGAUGUGGAGGAUCGUCCGCUGUGGCCCAUGGUUUAUUAUUGCCUGAGAAGCGGCGAUAUUUCCGCCGCCUUGGAGUGCUUGGAGAAGAGCAGUUCGACGCAGCGUUUCCCCGAACUCGUGGCCAUUCUCAGAGCAAAAUACUCGAAUCCCAAACACCCGGACAUCCAGAAACUAGAAGAGGCUGUCAGAUACCAAUACAGGCGAUUGGUGCGCAACGAAACCGAUCCAUUCAAGAGGAUCGUCUGGGCCGUGCUCGGCUGUUGCGAUAUCGUCGAUGAACACAGCGAAGUCGCGCGCACUGCCGACGAUUGGCUGUGGCUGAAGCUGUGUUUGGUCCGAGUGGAUUACGCCAAAGAAGACCACAUCGAUUAUUUCGACUUCCAAAGGACUAUAAUCGAGGAGUACGGAGAGAGCCACUACGAUGCGAUGCAUCAGCCUCACCUGUACUUCCAGGUGCUUGCGUUGACUGGACAAUUCGAAGCAGCCAUCGAGUUCCUAUCGCGAAUCGAAAGAUAUAAAGUGCAUGCGGUACACAUGGCCAUCGCCUUGAACGAGCUUUACAUCUUGGCUGGACCCAGCGAUUAUUCCAGUCCUUUAAUAUUCAUGGAUCCCUCCGAUCCGAAACCGGCGAGACGAUUGAACAUCGUCCGACUGAUCUUGGUGUACGUGCGCAAAUUCGAGAUCCACUGCAUCGAGGAAGCCGUCAACUACUUUUACCUUCUGCACAACAUAAUGAACGGCGACAAUCAGAAUAUGUACGUGGUGUGCGUCGGGGAUUUGGCGCAAGAGACUAGGGAAUACGAGAGGAUAUUCGGGAAAAUACAGAGGAACGGUAUCAGGACUAAAGGGGCUUUGGACGAGUUCAAGCACAACGAGAUCACAGUCGAGAAAAUAGCCAUGGAUGUUGCCAAGCAGUUGGUCAUAAAAGGUUCCUUCGAGGAGGCCGUCGAGUUGUACGACAUCGCAUGCAAUCAAACUGAAGUUCUGACUCUUCUGAACACGCUGCUCUCGCAGGUCGUGACUUUACCAGCGAGCGAAGGUUCUAUGCGCAAUCGACUCUUCUCCAAAGUCCGCGAGAUCUACGAUCGGUAUUCCAACGGAGGCUUCAGCUGUUCCGCGAAUCUGGCGAACGCCUUCUGCAACCUCAAAGAUCUGUUCAUCUUCUUCGAGCAUUACCACAGCAAGAACUACAGCCACGCGUUGAAGUGCUUAAGCGAUAUCAAACUGAUUCCCAUGCAAGCGUCGGAAUUGGACGAGAGGGUGAACAGCUUUAAGUGCGUCAACGUUGACGUAUGCAAGAUCAUGCCCGACAUUUUGUUGGCCACGAUGAACAUUUACUUCUCGCAAUACCAGAAGAUCAAAGACAACGAAUACGUGCCCAAUAGGUUCUCGGAUUUCUCUAUCGAAAAGCAAUUGGUGGUGAUUAGAGAGCAAGCCAAGGUUCUCACCAACUUCACCGGGAUGCUGCCAUAUCGAAUGCCCGGAGACACGAACAGCAGACUAGUGCAGAUGGAGAUUCUGAUGCAUUGAUUGAUUGAUUUACGUCUGUUUAGGUUAUAUUAUUACGAUUAAUAUUAUUAUAAUUAUUA